UCGGGAUUCAUAAAUAUAAAAAGAUUCUCUGAGGAGGGCAGUGUUUUUGUGUGAUGGCAACUUCACUUCUUGGGGAGGAGCCGAGGUUAGGAUCGACUCCUUUAGCCAUGUUAGCAGCAACAUGUAACAAAAUAGGGAGUCCGAGCCCUUCACCGUCCUCAAUUUCGGAUAAUUCCUCGUCGUUUGGAAAGGGCUUCCACCCGUGGAAGAGAGCCGCGGCCAGCAGCUGCAGCCUCGGCUCCGGCCUGUCCGGCUUCGGGGUGUCCCGGAACGGAGCUGGCAUCUCGGACUCUUUCGGCACAAACAGCUCCAGCGGAUCCAGUGCCUUCUCCCUCACCUCUGGUACCUCAACGAGUUCCCAUUUCGGAAACGACUAUUCUGUUUUCCAAGCAUCCGUGUCGAGCAACUCUCAAGAGUCCAGCCACCAGCCGGUGUUCAUCUCCAAGGUGCACACGUCCGUGGACAGCUUGCAGGGCAUUUACCCCAGGAUGAGCGUGGCGCACCCGUACGAGUCCUGGUUCAAGUCCUCCCACCCCGGCAUCCCCGCGGGAGAGGUCGGCACCACCGGAGCAUCGGCGUGGUGGGACGUGGGAGCGGGAUGGAUUGACGUUCAAAACCCAAACGGAGCAGCACUACAGACGUCCUUGCACUCUGGUGGACUCCAGACCUCCUUACACUCUCCCCUGGGCGGAUAUAAUUCAGACUACUCCAGUUUAAGUCACUCUGCUUUCAGCACAAGUCCCUCUCCGCACCUGUUGACCACCGGCCAGCACCUGAUGGACGGUUUCAAGCCGGUGUUAUCCUCUUAUCCGGACACCAGCCCGUCUCCGUUGGCCGGAGCAGGGGGCACCAUGCUCUCCGGGGGGCCGCCCGCAUCUUUAGCGGGGUCUCCCCGGUCCUCUGCCCGAAGGUACUCCGGCAGAGCCACCUGCGACUGUCCGAACUGCCAGGAGGCGGAGAGACUCGGGCCGGCCGGCGCCAGCCUGCGGAGGAAAGGUCUGCACAGCUGCCACAUCCCCGGCUGCGGGAAGGUGUACGGCAAAACGUCGCACCUCAAGGCGCAUUUGAGAUGGCACACCGGCGAGAGGCCGUUUGUGUGUAACUGGCUCUUUUGCGGGAAGAGAUUCACGCGCUCCGACGAGCUCCAGCGACAUUUACGCACGCACACCGGGGAGAAGCGCUUCGCUUGUCCGGUGUGCAACAAGAGAUUUAUGCGCAGCGACCACCUGAGUAAACACGUGAAGACUCACAGCGCAGGGGGAUCCUCCGGCUCGGCCUCCGGGGGCAGCGGGGGGAAACGGGGGAGCGACACCGACAGCGAGCACAGCGCGCCGGGGAGCCCCCCGUGCCAUUCCCCCGACCUGUUGCACCCGCCCGAGUCCAGCCAGGCAGUGGGCAUGAACGGGCUCUAAAGCCUGAAUUAUGGUUCUGCGUUAAAUCGACGCAGACCGCCGCGUACCAUACGUCGUAGGCUCCGCGUUGGUGUAACGCGGAACCAUAAAUCAGCCUUAAAACUCCCGGCAGUGAAGUAAAAAAACAAACUGUACAACAGCAACAUAUUGUGAUUCAUUUGUCCUACAAGACAAGAGAGUGGACAUACUUUGGUGUAUGUGACAUACUUCCUCCAUGAGUGUUGUCAUUUAAUAAGAAAAUAUGUCUAUACCUUUCUUUUCUGUCUCCUCCAAGUGUUUUAAGAUUAUUAACUGCAUAGUGACCUAGCUGUGCCAUCAUAAACUCCUCAUUAGUACACCUGCGGUGUGAAAGUGAAGUCAAGUUCUUGUGCGACACGCUGGAGCAGGGCAAAGUUGAAACUUUCUGCAACCCGAUCCCCGACAAGCCCUACUGGUUUAUUUCUCAGUAUACGACGAAAAAGAAAAUAAGAAAAAAAAAAAAAAAAAAAGAAAAACACUGCUGUGAACUGAGGCAAAAAAGAAAAAAAAAUGCGCUACUGCUGUCAUACUGUACGCAUUGUUUUAAAACCAAACACUGGCACUUUAUUAUCGAGCAAGAGGAAUGGCUUUUGUCACUGUGGAAGGACUGCUCGGCAGGAAUAAAUACCUGUUUGUGGAGUAAUCUGGUGAAAUGCGGGAUGCAAUGGUUUUCAUUUGAUCUGUGUAGUCCCAUCAGAUAACGGAGGAGCAGUUGAAGGUCUAAAUCAAGUAUUGCUAUUCACCCCACAGCCUCCAGUUGUACGCCAAGUUUGCAAGUUGGCCAGUCUAAGAUACUUAAUCUUUACUUUGCUGCAAAAUGUGUUGUAAAUAAUGAGAAAUGUAGGUUAGAAUAAUUACAGCCCAAUGUAAAGGUGGGCAAUGUAUUUGUCCAGGAGACGAUUUUGUAUAGGUAUUUCUAGUUGUAUAUGGACUCUAGUAAAUAUUUGAAAAUAUACGGAAAUGUACUUGGACUUUUCUUUGACAUGGUAUGAAAUGUAUUGUGGGGAAUAUUUAACCACGAGUUUUCUUGUAUUUUAGGGGUCUAUCGUUAGGCGCACUUUGAAAUUAUUUGUAUGGUUUUGAAAUCAUUUACUGUUUAUCCACUCUUUUAAUUUAAGUAAGCAUGUUGUAAAGUGAUUUUAAUUUUACAUUAUUUUUUUUCUCUGAGAAUGGCUUUUUAUGUGAGCCACUCAAUAAAG